AUGGCCUCCUCAUUCAGCUCAGAGCGUCUAAUCUACCGCGGACUAGAAGGCACGCCGCGCGACAAAGCCUUCAUCCUCUCCAUCCUCUCCGACCGCACCAGUUCCGAGAACACAACAAACUACCUGGUCAAGCCAGCGUCUUCAGCGGAUGUAGAUAGUUUCAUGCGCGGAUUCCGCGAAGCUUUCCUCGGAGUCCUGGUCUGCACCCCCAAUCCCUCCGCUCCGCAAACCCCGAAUAUCAUCGGAUACGUAAAUCUCCAGCACACGCAUCCGCACCAUAGGAGUUGUACGAUGAGUAUUCGGAUCCGCCCAGAGGCGCAGGGGAGGGGUUAUGGUUUACUAACCCCCGAGCUCUACCACCGCCGCGAUGGAGCUCCGAAAUACCUGCUCUGGGCGGCAACGAUGGACCGACCCGAAACUCUAGAGAGAGCGCGGUCCCUUGGACACCACGGUGCGGAUUAUACUGCAGCACGUUUUACGCGACCGGAUUCGCUGAAAUUGCUGAUUGACGCUGGUUACGAUGUCAAUCUGAAGAGUUUCGAUUGCGGAUACACGCCGCUAUACGAAGGUUGA